CAGAGCUCAUAAAGGAGCAGGAGAGGGCUGAGAGGGCAGCAGUCCCCAGCUCUGCAACACAGGCAAUAGGAGGGCAGAGCACGCGGGACACGAUGAGGUUGUCCUGGCAUUUCCAGGGGUUGGUGUAUGCCUCACUCCUGCUCUUUUCACCAUGCCUGGCAUAUGUGGCUACCAAAGACAACUGCUGCAUCUUAGAUGAACGAUUUGGUAGUUAUUGCCCCACUACCUGUGGUAUUGCAGACUUCCUGAAUACAUACCACACUGGGGUAGACAAGGAACUGCAGAUUUUGGAAGAUAUCUUAAAGAAGGUUGCUAACAGCACAGCGGAAGCAAAGCUGCUUAUCCAAGAGAUCCAAAUUGGCGGCCCCGACAGAUCAAGGGACCCACAAAAACGCCAGGGUGUUACUUUAAAGUCCAGAAAAAUGAUAGAUGAAUUUCAGAAAUAUGAGAAGAUAAUUUUGGAUAAUGAAGCUGCAAUUAGUGAUUUGCAGAAUAUCUACCUGACAAACAAUAAAAAGAUUCUUUAUUUGAAAGAAAAGGUAGCCCAGCUGGAAGCGAAAUGUCAGGAGCCGUGUCAAGAUGAUGUGAAAAUAAAUGAUAAAACUGGAAGAGAUUGUCAAGACAUAGCAAACAAGGGUGCCAGAGAAAGUGGUCUUUACUUUGUCAAACCCCUUAAAGCUAAACAACAAUUCUUAGUCUAUUGUGAGAUUGAUUCAUCUGGAAAUGGUUGGACAGUGCUGCAGAAGAGACUUGAUGGGAGCUUGGACUUCAAAAAAAAUUGGAUUCAGUACAAAGAAGGAUUUGGACAUCUGUCACCGACUGGUACAACUGAAUUUUGGCUGGGAAAUGAGAAGAUUCACUUGCUAAGUACUCAAUCUUCAUUUCCGUAUGUAUUAAGAAUACAACUGGAAGACUGGAAUGGCAGAACGAGCACUGCAGACUAUGCCACAUUCAAGGUAGGACCAGAAACAGACAAAUAUCGGUUGACCUAUACCUACUUCCUUGGCGGAGAAGCAGGAGAUGCCUUUGAUGGUUUUGAUUUUGGUGAUCAUGAAAGUGACAAGUUUUUCACAUCCCACAAUGGCAUUCAGUUCAGUACAUGGGAUAAUGACAAUGAUAAAUUUGAAGGCAACUGUGCUGAGCAGGAUGGAUCUGGCUGGUGGAUGAACAAGUGUCAUGCUGGUCACCUUAAUGGAAAAUAUUACCCAGGUGGCGCUUAUUCAAAGGAAUCGACUCCAAAUGGGUAUGACAAUGGCAUUAUUUGGGCAACCUGGAAAUCUCGGUGGUAUUCGAUGAAGAAAACAACAAUGAAGAUCCUUCCACUCAACAGACUCACAAUUGGAGAAGGACAGCAGCAUCAUCUGGGUGGUUCCAAACAGGUUGGAGAUGCAUAAAAAAAUAUUUGAAAGGAGUUGCCUUCCAAAAGACUUUUAUCUGAACAGAGAAAUAUAUUCUUUUAUCUAAGCGAGCAUGGACUUGCAUUGCCAUUUCACUUUAAACAGUGAAAUAAUGUCCAAUAUUGAACUUCCAUCAACAAUUUUGUGCUUAUGAAUUUGUCUACAUAAGAGCUCAAUAAAUUUUUCACAAUGUGAUCAAUACA